AUGGCGCCUUCCAACGACGCGCGCGCCGCGCUGUGCUGGGCCAAGCUGCGCUCCAUGCAGGUCUUCUGGCCCGCCUGCGUGUACAAGAGCUACUCGGCCGCCGUGGCGCACACGCACGACGUGUGGGCGCUGCGCAACGACAAGCCCGCGCUGGAUGACGAGGACCGCGUCCUCUACUUCUUCGGCGUGGGGCCGCGCGCCUGCCACGUCGCGGCCGCCGGCUCCGCGCCCAACCUGCAGCUCUGCGUGGCCCACGAGGACGACCUGGCCGUGGCCGACUGGGCGGCCGCCGAGGACUUCCCCGAGCUCUGCGCGCAGCACCAGGUGCCCGAGGACAUGGCCGCGCGCGCCCAGAACAACGCGUGCUUCCUGCGCGCCUGCGAGGAGGCCGAGACGUACGCGCGCGACGUGCAGACGGACGAGCAGGCCGGCGAGCUGUUCGUGACGCUGCUGACCAUGGCCAAGAAGGCCCACAAGACGGGCAAGGCCGUGGUGGCCCGCGAGAUCAUGGCGUCGCCCUCCACGACGCCCGUCAAGGCGGCUCAGCCCACGCCGCAGCAGCAGGCCGAGAAGAAGAAGCGCGACGUGACCAAGCUGCUCAAGACGCCCGAGAUGACGACGAUGGUGGCCAAGUGCUGGCAGCAGAUGCUCGAGGCGGGCUGGGAGACCAUGACCCAGGGAGACGGCCAGGUGCUGUACAAGAUGCCAGGCACCAGCUUCUUCGACUUCGUGCCCAACGUCAACCUCUUCGACUCGCUCGAGAAGGCCUGCGCGUGCUACUUGACCGAGUGGGUCAAGUCGGCGGCCGUCGAGGCCAACGACAGCAAGGAGUUCUCCGAGAUGACGGAGUUCAUCUGGCCCAUGGCGGCCGGCAGCGGCUGGGAGAGCAUGUCCACCACGACCGAGACGCUCUACAAGAAGAAGGACAUGCCCUUCGACCAGUGGGUGCCCAACGUCACCAUCUUCCGCUCCAAGGCUCAGGCCGUCGCCAAGUACUUGGAAGAGUGCGGUUUGAUCAGCUCGACCCCCGAGGAAGAGGACACAGCCGAUACGGUGCAGGACGCCGCUAGCUCUGAUGCUGAGAUGGAGGAGCCCGAGCAGUCCGAGUCGGAGGCGGAGGAGCCUGAACUGUCCGAGUCCGAGAACGAGGAGAUGGGCCAGGCUGCCGAAGCCGAGUCUGAUGAUAACGAAGACGAUGACGAUGAGGAAGACAACCAAAGCGAGGAGGAGGAGGAGGAGGAGGAAGAAGUAGAGGUGCCCGUGAAGAAGGCGCCUGUUAAGACGAGUGCACCUGCCAAGAAGACGACCAACAAGUCUACACCGAAGCAGCAGCCCACGAAAGCUGUUUCAAAGGAGCAUGUCAAGCAAUCCAAGCCGGUCAUGAAGCAGAAGAAGGAAAGCAAGCCCAAGCCGGUAAUUCCUCCUUUCAAGCUGCCAUUCGGCAAGAUUGAGAGCGAGUUGAAGAAUCGCGGAUGGUACUGGAAAAGCGGUCUUCAGUGGAAUUACUACCAGCCGUACUGCAAGACGAAGAAUGCUAAGUCCCUGGUGCCCAAUGAAGACUUUUUCCGUGGUCGUGAGGAACUUGAACAGUACCUCGAAACCAGCGGACUGUACGCGCACAUCCGCGAGAAGCUGGAGGAAGAGCACAUUAGAUUCUACAUGGGCGAUAGCGAGAGUGAGAGUGAAGGUGAGGAAGAGAUCCCCGCGCCGAAGAAGGCCCCGGCGAAGAAGGAGGAGCCGUCUCGUAGCACUCGUGGACGCUCCAAGUCUGUGAGCCGAUUCCGUCGUGCACGCUCCAAGUCAAAAGCACGCGGUGGCUUGUCGUCCAAAACUACCCUCGCGGAGGUGAAGUUUGGCGAGAUUUGGCGUGUUCUCUCCGAGGAAGAUGGCUGGCACUACCGCUGGGGCAGCAUCGAAUGCGAUUACUUCAAACCCCACUGCGACACCGUCAAGGACGGCAUUGCAGGAGAGGACUACUUCCAGAGCAAGGACUUGCUGAUCGAGUAUCUACAGACCAGUGGCAUUUGGGACAGGACAGCGGCGCGUGUGAGAGCUCAGGCUGCCAUGAUCUCGAGUGAUGAAGACAUGGACGACAGCGACGUUGAGACGGCUACCCCUGUCCAGAAGAGGAAGCGCGAGGAAAACACCCCUGCCCCGCGUCAAGGAAGCAAGAAGUUUAAGGAUGCAUUCCGUACUCCGGUUGACAAGCGCUCGACUACCGUGUACUAUCUCAGCUCCGAUGAUGAAGAUAUGGGCGACACUAUUUCCCCCGAUGCUGCUGGAGUCAAGGGCAAGGAGAACGCGGGCAAUGGAAGCGUGCGUCAACCCCUGCGAAACCUCGCUAACAGCUUCACUCCAUCGCCGAAUGUUGCGAGGAAGGAGAAGCCGAUCCAGUGCUCUGCCGAUGGUGACGUUACGAUGGAGCCUGCCAAGGACGACUCGCCGCACGCGGUGAUUUUGAACGCGAUUCAGAAGCUGACGUCGGCCUACAUCCCUGCCAACUUCCGCCAUCGUGAGAAGGAGUUUGGUGAAAUCCGCGCCUUCUUCCGUGAUUGCUUCGAAGAGAAGGAGAAGACUAGUAUGUACAUCUCCGGCGCACCGGGUUGCGGUAAGACGGCGUUGCUGAAGUCUACGGAGGCUGACAUCAACGAACUCUACCGGGAAUGCUGCCCCGACCAAGCCGACAAGAAGCCUAUUCGUGCUCACAUCAAUGCGAUGGCCCUUGCCAACUCGUCCACACUGUUCAGCAAGCUUGCCAAGACGUUCACGAAGAAGUCGUACUCCAGCGAAAAUGAGGCGUUUGAGGCCAUCGAACGGGCGACGAACCGCCAGCUCAAGAGUUCUCGAACGAUGAUCUUGAUCUUGGACGAGAUCGACAUUCUCCUGAAGAACAACGGCAUCGAGAACGACCUGUGUCGGCUUUUUGAGCUUGCGCACCGAACUUCUCACAGCUUCAUUCUUGUUGGCAUUGCCAACCAAGUGGACUUUACGGAGCGACACCUGCCGUUGCUGCAGCAGCGUCUGUCAGACUGCUCACCGCGCGUUGUCAUCUUUGAGCCGUACCAGUACCAGACCAUCGAGAACAUUCUGACCGAUCGCCUUGGCGGACCGACGGAAGCGCCGAAGAUGGUUAGCAUGCACGGCAUCUCCUUCCUAGCUCGCAAGAUCGCGUCUACUACCGGCGACAUCAGACUCGCGGUCGACACCUGCCGUCGUGUGCUGCAGCACAAGCUGGAGCAAGCGGACAAGGAAAACUCCGAAAACCCGGUGGACGAGAAGGAGUUGGCGCGUCCGCUGCCGCUCACCGACACGCUGCGUAUCAUCAAGCAUGCCUUGGAGUCCAAGAGUGCGAUGGCGAUCCGGUCGCUGCCGCGCAACCUGCAGAUGAUCCUCUUCGCUUCAACUCGGCUGCUGAUCGUGUCGGCCAACCGGGCUGCUGCCAAUGGCAGCGAGGCCACGCCGCUACUCAGCGCGAACGAGCUGUACACAUGCUACUGCGAGGUGAGCAAGGACGCGGGGGUAUUCAAGCCGCUGGCUGAGCGCGACUUCAGGACUGCGCUGGACACGCUUGGCGAGGAGGGCCUCGUGGCGGAGGCGGAGCUGCGGAAGCACCUCGUCAAGCUGCAGUUCAGCACCAGCGAGCUGCUGCAGAGCUUCCGCAAGGACCCCUUCUUCUCUCGGCUCGUAUAAGCGCUCGGCGUCCGUGGUAGAUGUCGUGGCAGCAGAUAUGCAGCCACGUCCUCGCUGGGGUAUUUACAAAGACCUGAUGAU